AUGGCGGCUGUGAUGUGGUUCAAGGAGGCGACCCUAUUCGCCAUCAGCCUAGCCGGGCCCGCGAUUCCGCCGACGAUCGUCACCGAUGGCAUAUGCUUGGCUGGCUGGCAAACGUAUAGGGCUCGGCGAUUGCAACAGCCCCCAACGAUUAAACACCUUGACGUCGUGUCUGUAGUCCUCUCUGGCGUCACUUGGGUUCUCUUCUCGCAGGGCUCAGAGGAGGCGUAUGCUACGAAGGUCGCUUGGUGCUUGUGGCUCUCGGUGUGGGUCAACUAUAUCGCCAACACAUACCUUCUGGUGCUUGUAAGAUACUGUAGGCUGACUUGGUCGCUGGUUCUCGUGACGAUCUCGAUAUACGUGGUGAGCUCCGUGGUCUCGACACUCAUCGAAGCCAACACGUCUUCGGAAACGAACGCCUCUCAGACCGGCCUUAUCGAUGCUGUUACCAUUUGUUCUGUCCCUGGUCUCAGUCUUCCUGAGCUCGGUAAUGGUUAUCCCGAGAACGGAGGUCAGAACUAG